AUGCCUGAAGCGAAGCAUCCCAGGUCUGCCGUCAUCCUGUAUGGCACGGAGACCGGCAACGCGCAGGAUGUAGCAGAGGAGCUAGGCUCCAUGGCUGAGCGCCUCCAUUUCACAACUCUAGUAUCAGAGAUGAAUAACUUCCAAGCGGAAUCCCUUUCAUCUUAUACCGUUGUUUUAUUUGUCGUCUCAACGACCGGCCAGGGAGAUUUGCCUGGUAAUGCGAGGAAGUUCUGGAGGACGUUGCUUUUGAAAUCACUGCCUCCGACAUUAUUGGAUGGAGUAGAUUUUGCUUUAUUUGGGCUGGGUGAUACUUCUUAUCCUAAGUUUAACUGGGCUGGGAAGAAGCUGCAUAAGAGGUUGCUUCAGCUGGGUGCGAAUGAAAUAUAUCCAAUGGGAGAAGCUGAUCAAAGGCAUCCUGAGGGGCUAGAAGGCAUGUUCAUACCAUGGGCCACCGACUUCAGGAAACUUUUACUAGACCGCUAUCCACUUUCUGAAGGAGAAUAUCCCAUCCCAGAUGAUGUCCAGCUUCCUCCGAAAUGGAUCCUACAGGAGAGUGGCACAGUGACUGGCGAUACAGCGGCCGUAGCCGAUUCAUUCCCCGGUCUGCACCAUUUAGAUCACGACGUUCGCCCUCUUCCAGAUACUUUCACCGCAACGCUCGUGCAGAAUAAACGAGUUACUCCUAUAAAACAUUGGCAGGACGUUCGUCAUAUAUGCCUGACGACUCCUGAAGCUCUAUCAUACGAACCUGGCGAUAUUGUCUGUAUCACUCCCAAGAACUUUGCGGAUGAUGUCCAGGCUCUGAUUAAUCUUAUGUGCUGGAACGAGCAAGCAGACAAACCAGUAUGUCUCGUUCCUGGGAAAGGGUCUGACACAGCAAACAGCAUAUUGCACUCGCCUCCCAUACCCGAGCUAGCAUCUUAUCCCCGAUUAACUCUCCGCGCCCUCCUCACAGACUACCUAGAUAUCAAAUCCAUACCGCGACGGUCCUUCUUUUCCGCAAUAUCCCACUAUACAAAUGACACCAUGCAGAAGGAACGACUCCUUGAAUUCGUUAACCCGGAAUACAUUGACGAAUUCUGGGACUACACUACCCGUCCCAGACGCAGUAUCCUCGAAGUCCUGGAAGAGUUCCACACCGUGAAGAUACCCUGGGAACACGUACCGUCCUUGUUUCCCGUCAUACGGGCAAGACAAUUCAGCAUCGCGAGCGGCGGUGAGCUCACACGGACAGCAACAGGCGAAACGAAUUUCGAACUCCUCAUCGCCAUAGUCAAGUACCAGACGGUCAUCAAAAGAAUCCGCCAAGGAGUCUGCACUCGAUAUCUCUCAUCAUUGCAACCAGGAAGCACACUCCGAGUCCAACUCCAACGGGGCGGCCUAAACCCCAGCGUCAGCCAAAUCGCAGGCCCAACUGUCCUUGUCGGUCCAGGCACGGGAAUCGCCCCAUUGCGCUCGGUGCUCUGGCAGAAAGCAGCCCUGGUAACUGCGUACCGCCACCGACAACGGCAACAACAGCAGGGAAAUCCAGACGCAACGCAACAGCUCCAGAUCGCACCUACGAUCCUCCUCUUCGGCGGCCGAAACAGGACCGCUGACUUCUUCUUCGAAGACGAAUGGACGCAGCUCGCACCGCUGGUCAACCUAGUUGUCUUCACAGCGUUCUCCCGCGAUCAGCGAGGAAAAGUAUACGUGCAGGACCGCAUCAGGGAGAAUUUCGCGCCGCUUUUCCAGAUGCUGUAUGACCUGCACGGGUCGGUAAUUUUGUGUGGCUCGUCCGGGAGGAUGCCGCAGGCUGUGCGGGAGGCGCUGAUCGAGUGUUUCCAGUAUGGGGCAGAGACGGAGGAGGAGGGACUUAGUCGGCAGGAGGCGGAGGAGUAUCUGAUGGAGAUGGAGAGGGAUGGGAGGUAUAAGCAGGAGACGUGGUAG